CCUCCCAGAUUUAAUUAUUCAAAUGAAGUAUUGAACUUUAUCAAUGUGUCUAAUAUCAAAUGAUUACAAUUACAAUGAAUUGAUAAGUUUUUGCAUGAACACAUGCAUAUGGGCGACUACUUAAUUUAUUAGCCUGUUUCACAUGUUUUUUUAUUCUUCCAUGGUCCUCCCUAUGCUAAAUCAAGUUACCACGACGUUGAUUCGGCGGCCGGUGUAAUUUUGUCAGUUUGGUUUGGUUCGGUUUCUCAACACUAAGAGCAUUUUCACCCCAUGUGCUAUGGGGUUAUUAACGCGAAUAGUGCCUGUCAUAACAAUUUAUUUUAUUGUUUUUCCACUACAUGCCAUAGCAAAGGGGAAAUAAAAAAGGGCUCUGGUACAUCGUUAGUACUGAGAUGGCAUCCCAAGCCAAUAGAAAGAAGACACCUGUGUUAUUGUGUCCACGUCAGAUCAGACUAAAACAGAACAACUCUCCCAAAUCGUCAUCUCCGUCGCCGUCUCCUCUCUCUCUCUCUCUCUCUCUCUCUCUCUCUCUCUCAUCACACCAGUUAAGUUGACAUGCUUGGUGCAUCUCACCCAACUAUUUGGUUCCCUUUCUAAGCUGAGGGCGAUUGAUUGGGGUUUAAAAAGAUAGAUGGGGGGAUAUCAAUUGAUAGGCACUUCACAGAAGCUUUGAUUGAGACAUCACCAGCCUUCAUUUGCACUACCUUUUCAAAGCUCCGUCAAUGGCAUACUUCAACCUCUCUUUCCUCGCCCUUCUCCUCCUCCUCCUGCCCCCACUCGCUCUCCUUCUCAUCCUCUACCUCAUAGUCCGGCCCCGCCCUGUCAAGAUCCCAAUCAAGAACCGCCACGUGUUCAUCACCGGAGGUUCCAGCGGAAUCGGGCUGGCAUUGGCCCAUCACGCCGCCUCCGAGGGUGCCCGAGUCUCCAUCCUCGCCCGCUCCAUCGACAAGCUCGAGGAAGCAAAGAACUACAUCCAACUCUCCACAGGCAUUGACGUGUCGAUCUUCUCUGCUGACGUUCGUGACUACGAUGCGGUAUCAAAAGCGGUGGAGGAGGCAGGCCCCAUUGAUGUGCUGAUUGUCAACCAAGGGGUCUUCGUCCCUGAAGAACUCGAGAAGCAGGGAUUGGAUGAGGUGAAGUUCAUGGUGGACGUAAAUCUGAUUGGCAGCUUCAACAUGAUCAAAGCUGCUUUGCCCAAAAUGAAGAAAGGAGAUGGUAUGCCCCGUUCGAUUGCUCUCAUGUCUUCCCAAGCUGGUCAAGUUGGUAUCUACGGCUACACAGCUUACUCUGCGAGCAAGUUUGGGCUUCGUGGGUUGGCCGAAGCUCUGCAACAAGAGGUGAUAUCUCAUGAUAUUCAUGUUUCUCUUAUAUUCCCUCCGGACACAGACACCCCUGGUCUCACUGAAGAGACGAAAAAACGGCCGCAACUGACUAGCAUUAUAGCAGAGUCGUCAGGGGUGAUGAAAGCUGAAGAAGUAGCAAAGAAGGCUUUUGGGGGGAUCAAGUCUGCUGCUUUUAUUGUGCCUUGUAACCUUGAAGGGGCGUUGCUGUCUAUUGCCACUGCUGGGAUGUCUCCUCAGAGAUCGUUUGUUAUGGCAUUUGUUGAAGUGGUUGCUGCUGGUUUGGUUCGUCUUGUUGCUCUGUUUUUCCAGUGGAAUUGGUAUAAUGGUAUACACACGUGGCAUGCACAGAACAAAAGGGCCUGAACUUGGUGCAUUGUAAGGGCACUUCUUACACUGCAGCUGUUGGUUGCGGGAUACUUUGGUUCUUCGAGUCACUGACCUUCACAGAAGGUGGUUUUGGCUAUCGAAUUCGCACCGAGCAUCUCUUAGCAUUUGGUAUUUGGUACUGCUUGAGGAAACUUGUUUUUUACCUCCAUCAGUCUUCCUUAAAUUAAGACCGUUGUCGUUCCAGGGCAUUUGGUAUGUUAAAUCUUCAUUGCUGACUCUGAUAGAUACCUGGAGUUGUAGGCACAGGAAAUUAAAAUCAGUCUUGAGUUUAGGUUUUGCCUUCUUUUCCCCCCGACAUAAAUUCAAUAAUAUGUUCUGAUGAAAUAAUUUGCUGGAUUAGAAUUUCAUUGCGGUAAAUAUCCUAAAAGCAUAUUUAGUAAACUCAAAACUUCACCUA